AGGCGACGGCUCGCCUCCUGCCAAGGCUUUGGCCUCAAACUCCGUUGUGUGGUUAACCGGGGCUCAUAACCUCUUACUGCAGCCGAGCCAAAGAAGCUAGCAUCCAUGGUUUACAGACGCUUGUUUGUGUUCCUGCUUCUGAUGGGGUUGUGGAAAUGGGCUCUUUUCAUGUCCUUCAUCAAACUGAAUCUGAUUUAACACAUCAAGUUCGGUCACUGUUUGGAUGUGGAUCUUCUUCUUCUUCAUCGUCAUCGUUGUUUUCUCCUGCUUUAGUACCACAACCAAACGAAACCCAAUGGGAUCUGUUUUCAUUUGGUGGGUUGCUGGAAGAGGAGAGAACAAACAUUGUUGAUCUUCCCACGUUGGACCAACAACAUAAGAAAUUUGGAAAGACACAUAGGAUCACAAAACCUAGCAGUCCGAGUUCAGACUCAGCAGCAUCCGACCAAUCCGAUUCCUCCGACAGCCAGCUGGUUGUCGCACACACCAAAAGACCCGCGAAGAAAAAGAAAGGAAAAAACCUAGCAAUGAACCAUGUGGAGGCGGAGCGGCUGCGGCGUGAGAACCUCAACAAGAGGUUUUACGCCCUCCGGUCGGUGGUCCCAAAUGUGUCGAAGAUGGACAAGGCGUCGUUGCUGGCGGACGCCGUGUGUUACAUCAACGAGCUGAAACAAAAGGUUGAUGAACUGGAGGCGGGUGGCCCCAAGUUAAAGAAAGUGAAGGUGGAAAUGGGGGCAAAGAAUACUUAUAACAAAAAUAAAGUGGAUGUGAAAAUGGUGGGUGAAGAUGCGAUGAUAAGAGUGCAGUCGGCCAACACCGAUAUGCCAACGUCGAAACUGAUGUCCGCUUUGAGGAAGAUGGAAGCCGUAGUCCACCAUGCAAGCAUGUCGUGUGUGUGUGUUCAAUAUGUUGUCGCUAAGAUCCCUGCUGGUGCCACAGAAGAUCAAAUCGAAGCUUGUGUUCUAUCCAGAUUAAACAAGUAACUAGUUAACAAUAUUCAGUUUACUCGAUGUGUUUGUUUAAAUAAUCGUGCAGCAUGUGUCAUUUGUUUAACCUAAAAAA